AAAAAUAGAUGUGAUAACUCGCGUCUCCACGUAUACAAGAUAAACCCCCUUUGCCACGUCAUCCAACUCACUCAGCUUUUUCUUCCUCCUUUUACCACUGUUUUGCUUCAUUUUCCCGCGAGCCAAACACUAUACAUUUUCUUCCUCAAUUUCCUUUUGUUUCGCUUUUUAUUAGUUCUUUGAAUUUCUUUGUCAUUGUUGUUUAUGGCAGUUAAGUUGCAGAAUCAUACCUUCAUAACUUCAAGUUCUUUGAAUCCACGCCUUUCGAGAAAUUGUUCAACUGGACACUAUGAUUCCUGCAGAAGAGUUGCUCAUUUGGACUAUGUAUUGAGUAAUUGGGGUAAUUCAAGGAAAAGAUGUCUUAUGAAGCGCGCUUUAUUAGGGAAUGACAACCAUAUUCAUAGUAAUCGAUUGGCAACAUAUAGGAUAUUGCGAUCAACCUAUCGUAAGUCAAGAAGGGUGGGGCGUAUCGUUCCCUUUGCAACUGGAGAUGAUGGUGUAACUGUUAAUGGAAGUCCCCCAGCUAGUACUUCUUCCAAUGUAGAUGAAGUGAGACUUAAACUGAAUCAAUCAUUGCGAGAUGAGAAUAAUGGCGAUAGACUUGUUCAAGCUUUACAUGAUGCAGCCAGAGUUUUUGAGUUGGCGAUUAAAGAACAGGGUUCUUUGUCGAAGUUCUCCUGGUUUUCAACUGCCUGGCUUGGUAUAGACAGGAAUGCAUGGGUGAAAACAUUGUCUUAUCAGGCGUCUGUCUAUUCACUAUUGCAAGCAGCAUGCGAGAUAUCAUCUCGAGGUGAAGGAAGAGAUAGAGAUGCAUAUAUUUUUGUCCAAAAUAGUUUAUUACGACAAUCUAGUCCUUUGGAGAGUUCAAUCAGGGAGAAACUAUCUGCCAAGCAUCCUGAGGCUUAUGAAUGGUUUUGGUCCGAGCAACUUCCAGUGGUGGUAACGUCAUUUGUUAAUUAUUUUGAGGGGGAUCUACGCUUUAUUGCUGCUACUUCUGAGUCGGGUAAAGGCAUAUCCUUGAAUUCAGGAAAAGGAAGUGAUAUUGCACUACUGUUGCUUGCACUGAGUUGCAUUGCUGCAGUCACAAAACUUGGCCCUGCAAAGAUUUGUUGUCCACAAUUCUCUUCCAUGAUCUCAGAUAUAACCGGCAGGUUGAUGGAGAUGCUGGUUGAUUUUGUUCCAAUACGCCAAACGUAUCAUUAUAUAAAGGAUAUUGGUCUACGUAGAGAAUUUCUUGCCCAUUUUGGUGCCCGUUCUGCUGCAUGCAGAGUGAAAGAUGAUUGUAGUUCUGAAGAAGUUGUUUUCUGGGUUAAUCUUAUACAGAAGCAAUUGCUGCGAGCUAUAGACAGAGAGAGAAUAUGGUCGAGGCUAACAACAUCUGAAAGCAUUGAGGUUCUAGAGAGGGAUUUGGCUAUAUUUGGAUUCUUUAUUGCAUUAGGAAGAAGUACAAAAUCCUAUUUGUCUGCAAAUGGCUUUGAUGUUGUCGACGGUCCUAUUGAAGGCUUCAUUAGGUAUUUAAUUGGGGGCAGUGUUCUGUACUAUCCUCAACUUUCAUCAAUAAGUUCUUAUCAAUUGUAUGUCGAGGUAGUUUGUGAAGAGCUGGAAUGGCUUCCUUUCUAUCCAGGAAAUGUUAGCACUCGGAAACAGUCUCAUGGCCAUGGAAUUACAUGGGAAGGUCCUGCAAAUCCUGAAGCUAUCCCUAAUGUAUUAGAUGUCUGCUCGUUUUGGAUGCAGAGCUUUAUCAAAUACAGUAAAUGGCUGGAGAAUCCUUCUAAUGUUAAGGCAGCAAGGUUCCUGUCAAGAGGGCACAACAAAUUGAUGGAUUGCAUGGAAGAAAUGGGGAUGUCAAGGAAAAUGACAGCUCAGACAUCUGGAUAUGGAAUUUCACGUAUAGACAAAGAAAUGGAUUCUUUUGAUAAGGCAUUAGGGAGUGUUGAAGAAGCUCUACUUAAACUAGAGAAAUUGCUUCAAGAGUUGCAUGUAUCAAGCACUAAUUCUGGAAAAGAGCAACUAAAAGCUGCUUGUUCUGAUCUUGAAAGAAUAAGAAAGCUUAAAAAAGAGGCCGAGUUUUUGGAGGCAUCUUUCAGAGCAAAAGCAGCCUCACUACAGCAGACUGUUGCACCCGUUACUCGGGUCCUUUUCAUUCAGCAGUCUAAUACUUGGAAUACUGAUCUUAAGGGUGAUGAUGAAAGUAAUUCAGAAACUUCUGUCAGCAAGCAGCAACUGUACUUAAAAGGGGAAAGGAUAAAGAGUGCCAAUGAAAGACUAGACAGCAGCAACAGUAAAUCUCGAGGGCUUUGGAACUUCUUUGUUCGCUUCCCAGCCAAGAAGCCUAAUUCUGACCCAGCAGUCACAGACGGAUCUGGAGAUGAAUAUAGUGGUGGUCAAACCAUGACUGCAGGCGUUGCAGAGUCAGAAUCAAAUGAGAUUCUACGUUUUGAACUUCUAAGAAAUGAGCUAAUGGAACUAGAAAAACGGGUCCAGAGAACUACUGAUCAGUCUGAUAAUGAAGAGGUUUCAAGGGAAGGUGGUGACACUUUUAAUUACCAUGAUGAUGACGCUAAAGGUUCUCAAUUGGUGCAUGUUCAAAAGAAAGAAAAUAUUAUUGAGAAAUCCUUAGACAAGUUAAAAGAAACUAGCACGGAUGUUUUGCAAGGAACGCAGCUUCUAGCUAUUGAUGUUGGUGCUGCACUUGGGUUGCUUCAGAGAGCCUUAAUUGGAGAUGAGUUAACAGAGAAAGAGAAAAUGGCUCUUCGGAGAACACUGACUGAUUUGGCAUCGGUUGUUCCAAUUGGUGUUCUAAUGCUUCUUCCUGUUACUGCAGUUGGACAUGCUGCCAUGUUGGCUGCUAUUCAGCGUUACGUGCCCGCUUUGAUUCCUUCCACUUAUGGACCGGAAAGGUUGGAGCUUCUGAGGCAACUUGAAAAAGUGAAGGAAUUGGAAGCCAGUGAAGUUGAUGCAGAUGAAAAUCAAAAGGAUUAGCUUAGGAGGAAUCAAAAUUAUAUACAACCCCGAAAAUAUGACGUCUUUCAAAUCAACAAGCAGGAAAUUGUCCGCUCUUCUUUUGGCCAGGCACCAGUGGCUGCAAUCUUGUGGAGCAUGAACUGGAGUUCCCGACUCCCGAUGGAAGGAAGGGUGACCAUCAAACCUGAACUGUGUCAAAUAUGUGAUGUUUAAGUACUUGACAUUUUUAAUUUUGGGGUCUAAUUCCAUCUGUUUGAUUAUAGUAGAAAUCAAUUGGUUGUUCAAUGGCUCA